UGUCUCAAAAUGGCUGCUAACCUAGUCUUUGUAGCUGCUUAGGCAGCAAGUAUGUCAGUGAGACUUGUCACAUGCAUCAGGACCAGAGAUUCAAAAUGGAUAGUAUAGAAGAACCUCAGAAAAAAGUCUUUAAGGCUCGAAAGACAAUGAGAGUGAGUGAUCGUCAACAACUUGAAGCAGUGUACAAGGUCAAAGAAGAACUGUUGAAAACUGAUGUCAAGUUGUUAAAUGGCAAUCAUGAAAAUGGAGAUUUGGACCCAACCUCACCUUUGGAAAAUACAGAUUAUAGUAAAGACAAAGAAGAGGUGAAUGGCAUUGAAGAGAUUUGUUUUGAUCCUGAAGAAAGUAAAACAGAAUGUAAAGAAACACCUUGUAUCUUAACGGUUAACGUUAAAAACAAGCAGGAUGCUGAUUUAAGCUGUGAACCUCUGCCUCUAAAUAAUAUAACUCCUGAACCAUCCUCUAAACUGACCACUGAACCAGCUUCUGGUGAUCCACUCUCUAGUGAUCUGGCCACUGGAGAUCUAGCCUCUGGAGGACUGGCCUCUGGUGAUUCCAUUUCUGGUGUUCCCACCCCUGGUGAUCUCACUUCUGGUAAUUCUGCCUCUUGUGAUCCAGCCUCUGGUGAUCCUGCCUCUUGUGAACCAGUCUCUGGUGAACCAUUUUCUGGUGAACGGGUCUCUGGUAAACUGUCCUCUGGUGAUUGUGCCUCUGAUGACCCUGCCUCUGGUAAUCUGACCUCUGGUCAUCUGGCCUCUGGAACACAAGCCUCUGUUGACCCUUCCUCUGUUGAUCCUGCCUCUAGUGAACUUGCUUCUGUUGAUCCUGCCUCUGGUGAUCUGCCUGCUGGUGAACUGGCCUCUGGUGAACUGGCCUCUGGUGAACUGGCCUCUGGUGAACUGGCCUCUGGUGAAGUGACUUCUGAAUCAGCCUUUGAUCCUACCUUUGAACCAUGUCCUGUACCAGCUUGUGAACCUGCUGCUGAAACUGACAAUACACAGCUGAAUAGCAAUAAGGAUGAUGAUUUUCUUGAAAAAAAUGGGGAUGAUGAAAAAUUAGACCAAAUUCAGAGUAAGGACUCAUUUGAUGAGAAAAAUAAAGCUGAUAUUAAUAUUGAUGCCAAUAAAGAAACCCUAGAAACAGAUGAUGCAAUUAUUUGUUCAGAUUUACCUCCUGAAAAUGAGAAGAAGGUAGAGGAAGAUACAGAGCUUGCUUUUGGAGAAGAGGCUAUAUCUAGCAGUAUGGAAGUUGACCAUCAUGAAAAGAAUGAAGAAGAAAAUUCUGCGGAUCUUAUAGAAACCAUUCGUGAAAAUGUUACAAAAGAUGACAAAAGUGAGAAUAUCUUAGAAAGUACGGAUUCUAUGGAGACAGAUGAAAUCAUUCCUAUUUUGGAAAAGCUUGCACCAGCUGAGGAUGAACUUACUUGCUUUUCUAAAACUUCUCUUCUUCCAAUUGAUGAGACAAAUCCAGAUCUGGAAGAGAAGAUGGAAAGUUCUUUUGGUUCACCAUCUAAACAAGAAAGUAGUGAGAGUUUACCAAAAGAAGCUUUUUUGGUCCUCUCUGAUGAAGAGGAUAUUUCAGGUGAAAAAGAUGAAUCUGAAGAUACAUCACAAAAUGAGGCAUGCUCUCCAGAAGGAGAUAGAAAUGAAAAGGACAGCAAACCUGAGGAAGAGCAAGUAAUACAUGAAGAAGAUGAAAGACCUUCUGAGAAAAAUGAAUUUUCUAGAAGAAAACGUUCAAAAUCAGAGGACAUAGACAAUGUACAUUCCAAACGUCGUCGCUACAUGGAAGAAGAAUACGAGGCAGAAUUUCAAGUAAAGAUUACAGCCAAAGGAGACAUCAACCAGAAGCUUCAAAAGGUUAUACAGUGGUUGCUGGAAGAAAAAUUAUGUGCUCUACAGUGUGCUGUAUUUGAUAAGACUUUGGCAGAAUUAAAAACACGCGUGGAAAAGAUCGAAUGUAACAAGAGGCAUAAAACAGUUCUUACUGAACUACAGGCCAAGAUAGCAAGGUUAACCAAACGCUUUGGAGCAGCCAAAGAAGAUCUUAAGAAAAGACAAGAAAAUCCACCGAACCCACCUGUAUCACCAGGAAAGUCGGCAAAUGAAGUCAGCAGCAAUAAUAGUAUGCCCUACAGAAAUGCAGGCACAGUGAGACAGAUGCUGGAAUCCAAAAGAAGUGUGAGUGAGAGUGCUCCACCAUCCUUUCAGACUCCUGGGAAUACAGUGUCUUCAACCAGUCUCGUCACUCCUCCAGCAGUUGUCAGUAGUCAACCUAAACCUCCAGCAACUUCAGGUUCUCUGACAGCAACAUCAGUUCUUCCUGCACCAAACACAGCCACAGUAGUUGCUACUACUCAGGUCCCUAGUGGAAAUCCCCAACCUACAAUUUCUCUGCAGCCUUUGCCAGUGAUUUUGCAUGUACCUGUUGCGGUAUCUUCCCAGCCUCAGCUCCUACAGAGCCAUCCAGGGACUUUAGUGACCAAUCAGCCAUCCGGCAAUGUUGAGUUCAUUUCUGUGCAAAGUCCACCUACAGUGAGUGGUCUUACCAAAAAUCCAGUGUCCUUGCCAUCCUUGCCAAAUCCCACUAAACCAAACAACGUUCCUUCUUUGCCCACUCCUAGUAUUCAAAGGAACUCUACUGCGAGUGCUGCACCAUUAGGGACAACACUUGCUGUACAGGCUGUUCCAACAGCAUAUUCUAUUGUUCAAGCCACAAGGACUUCUUUACCCACAGUAGGACCAUCAGGACUCUAUAGUUCAUCAAAUAAUCGAGGCCCUAUACAGAUGAAAAUUCCAAUUUCUGCAUUUAGUACUUCAUCUCCUGCAGAACAAAGCAAUUCUACCACACCAAGAAUUGAAAACCAGACAAACAAAACAGUAGAUGCUUCUGUUAAUAAAAAGGCAGCUGAUAGCACAUCACAGAGGCAGCAGCCGGAGGAGCAGCAGAAGCGGUCGGGAGCGAUGGUGAAGAUGGCGGCGGCUGGGAGGGGAGGCGGCGGGGGGCGCUACUACGGCGGCUUUUUUUUCGCUCCUGGUGGCGGCAGUGAGGGCGGCCGGGCCCCUAAGCGGCUGAAGACUGACAACGCUGGCUACCAGCACGGAGGCAGUGGCAGUGGUGGUGGAGGAUCUGGGGUGGUGGGUGGCAGCGGCGGGGAGAACUGUGAUGACCUGCACAAAAUCCCUGCUUCCCCAGUUAUCCACAUCAGGGGUCUGAUUGAUGGCGUGGUGGAAGCUGACCUCGUAGAAGCCUUAAAGGACUUUGCACCCAUCAGCUAUGUGGUGGUAAUGCCUAAAAAGAGACAAGCACUGGUGGAGUUUGAAGAUGUGUCGGGGGCUUGCAAUGCAGUGAACUAUGCAGCAGACAACCAGAUCUAUAUUGCUGGUCACGCAGCAUUUGUCAGCUACUCUACUAGCCAAAAGAUCUUCCGCCCUGGGGACUCAGAUGACUUCCGGAGGGUCAAUAGUGUGCUUCUCUUUACCAUACUGAACCCCAUCUAUUCCAUUACAACGGAUGUUCUUUACACUGUCUGUAAUCCUUGUGGCCCUGUUCAGAGAAUUGUCAUUUUCCGGAAGAAUGGAGUCCAGGCCAUGGUGGAAUUUGACUCUCUGCAAAGUGCCCAGCGGGCCAAGGCCUCGCUCAAUGGGGCUGACAUUUAUUCUGGCUGUUGUACUCUGAAGAUUGAAUAUGCAAAGCCUACACGCUUGAAUGUGUUCAAGAACGAUCAGGAUACUUGGGACUAUACAAAUCCCAACCUCAGUGAACAAGGUGACCCUGGCAGCAAUACCAGCAAAUACCAGAGGCAGCCCCCUCUCCUGGGAGAUCAUCCCACAGAAUAUGGAGGGCCUCAUGGUGGAUACCACAGCCAUUACCGUGAUGAGGGCUAUGGCUCUCCCCCACCUCAUUACGAAGAGAGAAGGAUGGGCCCACUAGUGGGGGGUCCCCGUCGGGGCCCAAGCCACUGCAGCCCCCAAUAUGGGUAUCCCCCACCCACUCCCCCACCACCUGAGUACAGCCCCCACAGUGACAGCCCUGUGCUCAUGGUCUAUGGCUUGGAUAAAUCUAAGAUGAAUUGUGACAGAGUCUUCAAUGUCUUCUGCUUAUAUGGCAAUGUGGAGAAGGUAAAAUUCAUGAAAAGCAAACCUGGGGCUGCCAUGGUAGAAAUGGCUGAUAGCUAUGCUGUGGACCAGGCCGUUACCCACCUCAACAACAACUUCAUGUUUCGGCAAAAGCUGACUGUCUGUGUCUCCAAGCAACCAGCCAUCAUUCCUGGACAGUCAUACAGGCUGGAAGACGGGUCUCGCAGUUACAAAGACUUCGGCGAGUCGAGGAACAAUCGGUUUUCCACUCCAGAGCAGGCAGCCAAGAACCGCAUCCAGCACCCUAGCAAUGUGCUGCAUUUCUUCAAUGCCCCUCUGGAGGUGACUGAGGAGAACUUCUUUGAGAUCUGCGAUGAGCUAGGAGUGAAGCGGCCGUCUUCUGUGAAAGUAUUCUCAGGCAAGAGUGAACGUAGCUCCUCUGGGCUGUUGGUGUGGGAGUCCAAGAGCGAUGCCCUGGAGACUUUGGGCUUCCUCAACCAUUACCAGAUGAAAACCCCAAAUGGCUCAUACUGGUACACUCUGAAGUUGUGUUUCUUCACCGCUCAGCACGCCUCCAAAUUAGGUGCCUAGGAACAGUCCCAUCUGAGCAGGAAAACGUUCCUCUCUCUUUUAUGCCGUUUUCUUUUUCAAAAGUCCUUGUAUUUCUUCUUUUUUUUGUUAAUGCUAGGUUAGUAGAGACUUAGUCAUAAUGGAAACACUGGAAGUAUGGAGGGGGAGGAAGAGGGGGAGG